AUGCUGCGCGUUUGCGCCGUGUCGGGGAGUGAGGUGGCAGCUUUGGGCAUAGAGGAGUUAGAGGUCCCAGAUGUCCGAUCCUUGAAGCGUCACCUGCACAAGCUCUUAGGGACACCUCGAUUCCGACAGCGGCUCUUUUGUGAGGGCCGAAGCAUGGAGGAGGAUGAGACGCUGGAUGCACCAGCAGACAUCCAGCUUGUGUUGCUACCCUUCAUUCAGACUUCACAGGCGCAAGAGAGGGAGCUCAUGAAUGUCGCCUUUAAAGGCGAUGAGUUGCAAAUGGAGCAGAUUCUGCAACGUCCGCAGGAACCCAGAGUCUAUGGCUCCUUUGGCCCUGGCGCCCAGCCCCUUCAGACCGCAUGCGGCAAGGGCCACUUGAACAUUGCGCGCUUGUUGCUGGAGGCGGGUGCCAAUUGCGUUGAAAUCUGGGGGGCCUUCUGUCCUUUUGCUGAAGCGGUCUUCCAGAACCGUGUUGACGAAGAGAUCCUGCGCCUGCUUGUAAAGACGAGCUGUUCUUCGAACAGUAAGUUCCUCGAAGGCACGGGCAGCACCCUUCUGCACGAGGCAUGUACCCGGGGCUACGUUCCGAUGGCACGUGUGCUCUUGGAGGCCGGUAUAAACAGGGAGAAAGUCUUUCGAGGUGUUACACCUCUUGGCAUUGCGUGCCUGAAGGGCCAUCCAGACAUCGUUCGACUUCUGCUGGACUUCAAUGCCGACAAGGAUAAACUUUGCGGGGGCGACACCCCACUUGGAUUGGUGUCAGGCAAACAGGAUGAAGAGAGUCUUGCGAUAGAGCAGCUGUUGCUGGAGGCUGGUGCUCAAAAAGAGUUUGCCAGCAAGACGCCACUUCACCCCGCCUUCAUUGCCUCAGGCCAGAUCGGCCACUGGAAGCCUUCUGGCAGCGUGUCGGGGGUCGCCCUGCACACCGUGGAAAGUUUGGGGCGAGAUGGACUGGCCACCAGCACCGUGGCUGCCAAUGUGGCUUUAGACGCAGCUCGCAGCUGGCGCGGCGCGUUGGCGCGGCUCUGCCACUUUCAGCACCGGCAAGUCCGGUCAGACGCCACGUCCUUCAGCGCCCUAGUCAAGGCCACCCACAUCUGGGCCUGGGCCACCGCAGCGGUAUCAGAGGCGACCCUUUGCGGGAUUCAGUCGAACGUAGUGCUGGGAUCCGGUGCCUGUGCGGUGCUGAGCCGAGGCUAUGCGUGGUCGCGCGCUGCAUCCAUGUUGGCCUCCUUGCAGUCAUCCAGCCAGCGUGUGGACGUCGUCGCAGCCGGAGCUGUCAUUGCCGGCCAAAGUCGUUUCGGUCAUUGGCAGGCAGCCGGGUCCCUUCUGGCCGGGCUCCGAUCUCGUGGGCUUUCCCCCAACCCCGAGGCCGUCUCCGCAGCCAUGGAUGGCGGGGAGACACAGCAGGGAUGGCGGCUCUGCCUUCGUUUGCUACGGGCCCUGGUGUCCUGGGCCCUGCGGCCCCACGGCCGCGGUCAAAUCUCCGCCACAUCGGCGCUUGCGGUUGGCCGGGCUUGGCAGCGCAGUCUAGGCAUGCUGCACUCGAUGCCUUUGCUUCGCCUGGAAAGAUCCAUUGAGCAGGCCAACGCAGCUGCGACGGGCUGCAGGAGCUCCAACUGGGCCAGGUGUUUGUCCCUCGUGGACCUCGGAGACACGUUUGGCCGCGGCACGGCGGCAGCUGCUUGUGCACAAGGUGGACAAGCCAUGUCCACGGACAGGCUAUGA